AUGUCUGCCGCGCUCUUCCGUCGAAGCACGGCGGCUUUUAACUUUUACCGCCAUCUCCGCAGCUCGUAUUUCCACAGUUCACUGGCCCACUCCCUUGAACAAACCGGUCUCUACGGAAUCGAGCACCUGAAGACUCCCAAAGGCUUUCGACGCAUGGUUGACGAUGCCAUAGAAAGGUCUGAUGAACUCGUGACAUUUAUCUCCGGAAUGCCGCCUGCACCUCAAAUUAUUCGAGCUAUGGAUGAGAUAUCGGAUACCGUUUGUAAAGUGAGCGACUCUGCAGAAUUAUGUAUGGCCACACAUCCAGAUAGGGAAUUCGUCAUGGAGGGAAAGAAGGCUUCUCUGAGGAUUAAUGAGUACAUACAUCAUCUUAAUACAAAUAAUAGCUUGUAUAAGGGGGUAAUGAAAGCUGAACAGGAUGCUCAUUUGUUGACUGAAGAAGCUCAAAGGGUAGCCCAGUAUUCACGUCGUGACUUUGAAAAGGGGGGCAUUCAUCUACCUGCUGAAAAACUGGAGCAAGCUAAUCGGUUACAUCUGGAUAUUCUUCAGCUAUGUAGAGAGUUCAGUGAGAAUAUUAUGACUGACCCGGGUCAUGUGGAUAUCUUUCCAGCAUCAGUUAUCCCUAAAAGGUUGCAUCAUCUCGCGAAGCCCAUCUAUCGGACAUCAUCUGGCAUAGCCAGGCAAUCAAUAUGGCCAUCAGAAGAAAUGAAAGAAAAAGGUUUCCGAUUGCCUACCGAUCCAAGUUCUCUGUUCUCAAUAAUGCAAUGGGUACCAGAUGCUGAGGCUAGGAAAAUGGCUUAUAUCCAAGGGAACUCAGUCCCACAUGCGAAUCUUAGAGUUCUCAAUAAGCUUGUUGCAGCGCGUCAUGAGUUUUCUCAGAUUAUCGGAUAUAGCUCUUAUGCACAAUUUGCUCUACAAUCAACUAUUGCUUCUUCUCCGGAUGUCGUGUUGUCAUUUUUACUGGAAAUGAGUGAGAUUGUCAGGCAUAAGGCUGAUGAGGAGUUUGUCGCAAUUCGGGAUUUCAAGAGGCAAAAAUCUGGCCGACCACAUGACGACUUGGAGCCAUGGGAUGAGACAUUCUAUACUGGAUUGAUGAAAUCAAAUGCAUAUGACUCAAAUCCUGCGGUGGCUGCAUCAUAUUUUCCAUUACACAAGUGUAUUGAAGGGUUGAAGGUUGUGGCUGAGUCGUUAUUUGGUGUAACCUGUCAUUAUGUCCCAAUUGCUCCUGGUGAAUCAUGGCAUCCUGAUGUCCUCAAAAUCUCUUUUCAUCAUCCAGAUGAGGGUGAUUUAGGCUACUUAUACCUUGAUCUGAAACCAAGAGAGAAUAAGCAUCCUGGUUGUGCUCAUUUUGCUAUUCAAGGAGGGCGAAGAAUCUCAAAAACGGAUUACCAACUGCCUGUCGUAGCCCUUGUUUGCAGUUUCUCAGGGUCUAAACCAGGAUCUCUCCUUCUCAAUCACUGUGACGUGGAAACACUUUUCCAUGAGUUUGGACAUGCUCUUCAUUCAUUGCUUUCUAGGACGGAAUACCAACAUUUUUCAGGGACCAGAGCUGUUCUUGAUUUUGCCGAGACACCUUCCAAUCUCUUUGAGUACUAUGCUUGGGACUUCCGGGUCUUGAAGAAAUUUGCAAAACAUUAUUCUACAGGUGAAGUAAUACCUGAAAAUCUGGUGAAGUCAAUGAGGAGAGCUAAACAGAUGUUUUCUGCUACUGAGUUGCAACGGCAGAUCUUCUAUGCCUUGAUUGAUCAAAAACUUUUUGGGGAGCAGUCAUCCUCUGAAAGGGAUAUUGUUGCUCUUGAAGGGGAACUGAAAAGACAAUAUACCAGUUGGAAGCAUGUUGAUGGGACGCAUUGGCACACUCGUUUCAGUCAUCUUGCAACCUAUGGUGCAGAAUACUAUAGCUACUUGUACGCCAAAUGCUUCGCGGCAACAAUCUGGGAAAAGAUAUGUGAAGAAGAUCCACUGUCGUUAACGACGGGAUCCGCUCUUCGGACAAAGUUUUUGCAGCAUGGGGGAGCUAAAGACCCAAGCGCCAUAUUGAAUGAUCUAGUUGGUGAAGGCAUAUUAACUCGUCGUGGUAGUGGUAUGAUUCCUGAUGUGAGAAGCUUAUGUCAUGCAAUGGAGCUUUAG